AUGCAACUUGAUGAGGGUAAUUUACUCAAAAGACCCUCUUCUCGCGAGGAAGACAAACGGGCUCAGAAGGCUAUUCACAGGAGUAAGCCUGACGCUUACAAAACCUCCUCCUCUGAUGAUUCAUCCUCAUCUUCUGAAGAUGAAGAAUCUUAUGCUGAUUCUGAUUAUUCCGCAUACUCUGAGGUACCUGAACAGGUUUUUAAAUCAGAUGAUGAAAAUGUUAUUACAGAUACUGCAGGAAAACCUUUAUUUAAUCCAGAUAAAAUAAAACAUCCUCGUUCAGCCGAAUGGGUAUGGAUAGCGAAAUACCUUGAAUAUUGGUUAAGGAAACUCCUUGACCAGACAGCUAGGAAUAAACUGAGAGCUGAAUGCCCUAGACCGACUUUAGCUAAAAAAAAAAAAGUCGCACAGACCCUUGAUUUAGACCCUCCAUAA